AUGGUUUCCUCUAAGCCGAUCUCCCUCAAGACUAUUGUCACUCUGUCUCUCUCCGCUUUGCUUCUUUCCCUGCCUGCCACUGUCAGUGGCCGUGAUAUCCCGGCCAACCUCAAGUCAUUCUAUAACACUGUGAAGACGAAGGGAUGCUCUAAGCCAUUCAAGAGUGGCUUUGGAGAUGGCCAAGGCAACUCUGGCUUUGCCUACUGCGCUGACUACAAGGAUCAUGGCCUCAUCUACCUCACCGGCCCCAAGGAGCUCGCUGACAUGGAUGUCGACUGUGACGGCGCCAACAACAAGGGAGGCAAAUGCUCCAAUGACCCCUCGGGUCAAAGCCAAACUGCCUUCCAGGACAUCGUCAAGACGUAUGGAAUUAAGGACCUCAAUGCCAACAUCCACCCCUACGUCGUCUUUGGCAACGAGGACUCCAGCCCGUCCUUUAAGCCGCAGAGCGUUGGCAUGAAGCCGCUGAGUGUUAUGGCAGUCGUGUGCAAUAACAACUUGUUCUACGGCAUCUGGGGUGACACCAACGGUGGCACCGACACUGGCGAGGCCGCUAUCUCGCUGGCAACCGCGUGCUUCCCCAACGAGGACAUCAGCGGCGACAGCGGCCACACUCAGCACGACGUCCUGUACCUGGGCUUCCUUAACGCUUCUUCUGUGCCUGGCAAGGACGGCGCCAAGUGGGACGCCAAAUCGUUCGAAGAGUUUGAGCAGUCGAUUGCCAAGCUUGGUGACUCGCUGGUUGCGAUCGUGCCGAGCAAAUAA